AUGGCAGGCGACAGCCCAAUGAACAAGCUCAAGCAAGGCGGCGGCGGCGGCGGGCCAUCCGCACCGCAGCCCCAGCGCACACCGUAUUCAGAAUACCAACUAGACAUCUACCGGGCGCGCCUGCUGGAAGGCCGCGGGCCGCCGGCAACGACGGACCCGCGCGGCCUCGAGCAGCAAGCCGGCGAUCACAUGACGCCCGAAGGCUUCGGGUACGUUGCCGGCGGAGCCGGGGCCGAAGAGACGGUUGCGGCGAACCGAGCGGCGUUUGGGAUGUGGCGGCUCGUGCCGCGCCUCCUCCGGCCCACGGCCCCGCGCAACCUGGGCGUCGAGCUGUUCGGGACCCGGUACGACACGCCCGUCAUCAUGGCGCCCGUCGGCGUGCAGGAGGCGUACCACCAGGACCGCGAGCUGGGCACGGCGCGCGCGUGCGCCGCGCUCGGCGUGCCGUUUUGCGUCAGCACCGCCGCCUCGGCGACCGUCGAGGAGAUCGCCGAGGCAGCGUCGGCGGGCGCGUCGGGUCUCUGGUACCAGCUCUACUGGCCGCUCGACGACGACAUCACGGCUAGCCUGCUGGGCAGGGCGCGGCGCGCGGGCUGCAGGGUGCUGGUGGUGACGCUGGACACGCACUCGAUGAGCUGGCGGCCGCGGGACCUAGACCGCGGGUUCCUCCCGUUUGCGGUGGGCAGCGGCAACGCCAUUGGGUUUUCGGAUCCCGUGUUCCGGCGCAAGUUUGCCGCGCAGGUCAGGGAGGGAGGCGAGGAGGAUGAGGACCUUGCCACGCCCGAGGGGAACCCGAUCGCGGCCAGCCUGGCGUGGACGGCCGAGGUCUUCAGCGGCUACGCGCACCGGUGGGAGGAGCUGGCCAGGCUGCGGGCCAUGUGGGGCGAGGGCAACCCCAUCGUGCUCAAGGGGAUCGUGAGCGUCGAGGACGCCAGGCUCGCGCUCCAGCACGGCAUGGACGGUAUUGUUGUGUCGAACCACGGAGGGAGGCAGCUGGACGGAGCUGUGGCGGCGCUGGAUGUGCUGCCAGAGAUUGUGGACGCCGUGGGUGGGAACAUGACGGUCCUGUUCGACUCGGGAGUCCGGUCUGGGGUUGAUGUUAUGAAGGCGCUUUGUCUGGGGGCCAAGGGGGUCUUGGUCGGGAGACCCGUCAUCUACGGCCUUGGAAUAGCAGGCAAGGAGGGUGCCCAGCAUGUCCUCGCCAGCAUACUCGCCGAUCUUGAUCAGUCAAUGGGUCUUGCCGGGGUCAACAACAUUGGCGAACUCACGCGGGACAGGUUACGGAGGGCGCCAGCAGCCAGAGGUUUACUCUGA